AAAAUAAGGUGAAAUAAAUAAAGAAAAAAGCCACAAUGGGGUGUAACCGCAAUGCCCCAAUGCUGGUGUGGCUAGCGGUAGUGAUUGUAACGUUGACCGUUAUUCGAACAAAUGCUGAGCUAACGCCACCAUAUUUUAAUUUAGCCACCGGACGUAAAAUUUAUGCCACGGCCACAUGUGGCAGUGAUACAGAUGGACCCGAGUUGUAUUGUAAAUUAGUUGGUGCCAAUACAGAAAACGAUCCAUUCGAUUAUUCUGUUAUUCAGGGUCAGGUCUGCGAUUAUUGUGAUCCCACCAUACCCGAAAAGAAUCACUCGCCCGAACAUGCCAUCGACGGCACUGAACAAUGGUGGCAAAGUCCUCCACUAUCUCGUGGCAUGAAAUUUAAUGAAGUCAAUUUAACCAUCGAUUUUGGCCAGGAAUUUCAUGUCGCUUAUUUGUUCAUUCGCAUGGGCAAUUCGCCACGUCCCGGUCUAUGGACAUUGGAAAAAUCAAGUGAUUAUGGCAAGACAUGGACGCCAUGGCAACAUUUCUCGGACACUCCUGCCGAUUGUGAAACCUACUUCGGCAAGGACACUUACAAACCCAUUACCAAAGACGAUGAUGUCAUCUGUACGACUGAAUAUUCGAAAAUCGUACCACUGGAGAAUGGUGAAAUUCCCGUUAUGUUGCUCAACGAUCGUCCCUCGGCUACGAACUACUUCAACUCGACUGUGUUGCAAGAAUGGACACGGGCCACGAACGUACGCAUACGCUUGUUGCGUACUAAAAACUUGCUCGGCCAUUUGAUGUCGGUAGCCCGCCAGGAUCCUACUGUGACACGUCGUUAUUUCUAUUCGAUUAAGGACAUAUCUAUUGGCGGUCGCUGUAUGUGCAAUGGUCAUGCGGACACCUGUGAUGUGAAGGAUCCCAAAAGUCCUGUUCGUAUUUUGGCUUGUCGUUGCCAGCAUCAUACCUGCGGAAUUCAGUGUAACGAAUGUUGUCCAGGAUUCGAGCAAAAGAAAUGGCGUCAAAACACCAAUGCCCGACCCUUCGAGUGCGAACCUUGCAACUGUCAUGGCCACACCAACGAAUGUGUCUACGAUGAGGAUAUUGAUCGCAAGAGUUUAUCAUUGGAUAUCCAUGGUCGUUACGAAGGUGGUGGUCGUUGCUUGAAUUGCCAACAUAACACCGAAGGCAUCAACUGCAACAAGUGCAAGGCGAAGUACUACAGGCCAGCUGGGAAAUAUUGGAAUGAGACCGAUGUGUGCCAACCCUGCCAGUGUGACUUUUUCUAUUCGACGGGCCAUUGCGAAGAGGAAACUGGCCGAUGCGAAUGUCGCAAAGCUUUCCAACCUCCGGACUGUAAGUCAUGCGCCUAUGGUUACUACGGCUAUCCUAAUUGUCGUGAGUGCGAGUGCAAUCUUAACGGCACCGAUGGUUACCACUGUGAGGCUGUCAACGGAGAGUGUCCGUGCAAAAUUAACUUUGCUGGUCAUUACUGCAAACAAUGUGCUGACGGCUAUUACGCUUUCCCUGAAUGUAAAGCCUGCGAAUGCAACCAGGUUGGUUCCAUUAGCAAUGACUGCGACCUGGUAACGGGUCAAUGUAAGUGUUUGAGCAGCUUCGGAGGAGAACGUUGCGAGCGUUGUAAGCACGGUUACUUUAAUUAUCCCAAGUGCCAAUAUUGCGACUGCGAUGUCCAGGGUACUGAGGAGGAGGUCUGCAACAAGGAUAAUGGCCAAUGUAUUUGUCGGGAAGGUUUCGGAGGUCCUCGCUGUGAUCAGUGCUUGCCCGGCUACUACAAUUACCCCGACUGUAAGCCUUGUAAUUGUUCCGCCACAGGCAGUACAGCCAUUACCUGCGACAACUCCGGCAAGUGUAACUGUCUCUCGAACUUUGCCGGCAAACAAUGUACCCUUUGCAGUGCUGGAUACUUCAAUUAUCCGGAAUGUUUGCCCUGUAACUGUGAUGUCCAUGGCUCGGUGGGCGUUACGUGCAACUCUGAUGGUCAGUGCUUGUGUCAUCCCAACUUCGACGGCAAACUUUGCGACACAUGUAGAGAGGGUUUCUAUAACUUCCCCAGUUGUGAAGAUUGCAACUGUGACCCUGCCGGUGUUAUUGACAAAUUUGCCGGAUGUGGUUCGGUGCCCGUGGGAGAGCUGUGUCAGUGCAAGGAACGUGUUACGGGACGCAUUUGUAAUGAAUGCAUGCCUCUGUUUUGGAAUUUGAACAUCUCGAAUCCGGAUGGUUGUGAGGUCUGUGAUUGUUGGUCUGACGGUACUAUUGGCACCCUGGAUACGUGUGACUCAAAGACGGGCCAAUGUACCUGCAAGCCUCAUACCGAUGGUCGUACUUGUAAGGAAUGUAAGGACGGUACCUAUGAUUUAGACGGUUCAUCCCUGUUCGGUUGCAAAGACUGUAAUUGUGAUGUUGGUGGAUCGUGGAAGAGCGAGUGCGACAAAACUACUGGCCAAUGUAAGUGCCACCCUCGUGUCACUGGUCGCGAUUGUACCCAGCCACUGACUACCCAUUACUUCCCCACAUUGCACCAAUUCCAAUAUGAGUACGAGGAUGGCUCCCAGCCUUCGGGCGCCAAGGUGCGAUACCAAUACGACGACGAAGUGUUUCCCGGUUACAGUAGCAAGGGCUAUGCCGUCUUUAAUGAUAUCCAGAACGAAGUGCGCUAUGAGUUGAACGUGUUCAAGUCGUCCGUGUAUCGUAUUGUAAUUCGAUAUGUCAACUUGAACGACUUCAAUGUAACUGCCAGUAUUUUGAUACAAUCGGAAAAUCCUUUGGAGGUUGAUCAGAACGUCAAAGUGUUGUUGCGCCCAACCACUUCACCACAGUUUGUGACCGUUGCCGGUGAGAAGGGUAAGAAGCCAUCGGCUGUUGUCUUGGAUCCAGGCAAAUACAUUUUCACUACCAAAUGCAACAAGAAUGUGAUGCUGGAUUACUUUGUCCUGCUGCCGGCUGCUUACUAUGAAGCUUCCAUUUUGACCCGGAAAAUCUUAAAUCCCUGCGAACUUGGCAACAUGGACUUGUGCAGACACUACAAAUACGCUUCCGUGGAAGACUUCAAGCCUGCGGUGCAACCCUACGUUCUCAAUCCAAAAGGAAAGCCCACAAAUCCUCUUGAUUUUUACAACGAUCCGGAUCAUUUGACCAUCAUAAACCACGUCGGAGACAUACCCAUGCUCACUUCGGAUCAGUUGGAAUUGUACUACCUGGUAGAGGUACCACGGAGUGGAAAAUAUAUAUUCGUAAUUGACUACAUAAGUGAACGUAGUUAUGCCGAACCCGGAUUUAUUAAGUUGCGUAUAGGCGAUGACCUCGAUAAUUAUGGUUCCACCACUGUUUAUCCCUGUCUGUACUCGAUGGCAUGUCGCACCCCGAUUAUUGACGAUCAAAUUCGCGAGAAGGUAUUCUACAUUGACAAGGAGGAAGAUAAGCCCGUUGUCGUAUAUGCUGAUUUUGAGGAAAACGAAAAGAUUGCCAUCAUUUCGGUAACUGCCAUACCCGCCGAAGAAUGGUCCACAGAUUACAUUACGCCCAGUCCAGUGUGCGUGAUGAAUAAGAACCAAUGUGCAGCCCCCAAAUUCCGUUCGGUUCCCGACUCGAAGAAGAUCGAAUUCGAGAGUGAUCACGAGGACAGGAUAUCGUGGAAUAAGCCACCGUAUGCCGUGCUAGACGAUAAGGUGAAACUGGUGCAUCUGGAUAAUAAGGAGGAAUCAUCUAUUGUCAUCGAAUCAAAGGUGUCGGAGCCUGGUCGUUAUGUGGUUUUGGUUAAAUACUACCAACCAGACCACCCCAAAUUCAAGGUAAUGUACACCUUGACAGCCGGAAAGAACCAAUACGAUGGGAAAUUCCACAUCAACCAUUGUCCAUCGAGCUCAGGAUGCCGCGGCGUAAUACGCCCCAAUGGCGAUGAAUGGUUCGACAUUGACGAUGAAUUCAAGUUCACUAUCACCAACAAUAGGCCCCAGGGAGUAUGGUUGGACUACCUGGUGGUGGUGCCUGUGGAUCAGUACAACGAUGAUCUCUUGGAGGAGGAAACCUUUGACCAGACAAAGGAGUUUAUUAAAGAGUGUGGCCAAGACCAUUUUUACAUCACUCACAAUGCGUCCGACUUCUGCAAAAAGGCCGUAUUCUCGUUGACAGCCGACUAUAAUAGUGGGGCUUUGCCAUGUAACUGCAAUUAUGCCGGCUCCACCAGUUUCGAGUGCCGACCCUUUGGUGGACAGUGUGAGUGUAAACCCAACAUUAUUGAGCGUCAAUGCGGGGCCUGUAAGACCGGCUUUUACGGUUUCCCCGAUUGCAAGCCUUGUGAUUGUCCCAGCACGGCCAUGUGUGAGCCACACACCGGAGAAUGUGUCUGCCCGCCCAACGUUAUCGGGGAGUUGUGUGAUAAGUGUGCCCCUAACACCUACGGUUUCCAUCAGAUUAUCGGUUGUGAACCUUGCGAUUGUAACUACUUGGGCAUUGCCGAUGGCAAAACCCAGUGCGACGCCUUCAACGGUAGUUGCGAAUGCCGUGAAAAUAUAGAAGGCCGCGCUUGCGAUGAAUGUAAGAAUGGCUUCUUUGAUUUCCCUCAGUGUGAACAGUGUUCCUGUAAUGUUGCCGGUACAGAGUUGGAGAUUUGCGAUAAAGUUGACGGUACUUGCUUCUGCAAGAAGAAUGCUAUUGGCCGAGAUUGUGACCAGUGUGUGGAAGGCACUUAUAAUUUGCAUGAAUCCAAUCCUGAUGGCUGUACCCCUUGUUUCUGUUUCGGUAAGACCUCACGUUGCGAAAGUGCCUACCUCAAGGUUUACAACGUCAGUCUGCUGAAGAAGGUCUCCCUCAAUACUGCCCAGUUUACACCGAAAUCCAUCGACUUUUCAAUUUGGGAAAUACCGCCUGAGGAUUUGCUGAUUAACGAAACGAUGUUGCAGGCCGAUUUCUCGCUGAACGAAAUCGAGGAUGACUCCACAGUUUAUUUCGGUGUAUUGGACUAUCUGAUGAACCAGAACAGCCACAUUUCAGCUUACGGCGGAGAAUUGGGCUACUCGUUGUACUAUACCACUGGUCUCUCCGGCAAACCGAUAACGGCUCCCGAUGUCAUUCUUUUCAGCAAGGACCAUGUCUUGGUGCAUCAGAGCUACGAGCAGCCGUCGAGCAACCAGAUGUUCAAGAAUCGCGUAGAAAUGGUAGAAAGCAAUUUUAUGACCCAAAAUGGCAAAACCGUUAGUCGUGCCGACUUCAUGAUGACCCUAAGGAAUCUGCACAUGAUCUACAUUCGCGCCAAUUACUGGGAACAGACACUACUGGCUCAGUUAUCCGAUGUCUAUUUGACACUCGCAGACGAGGCCGAAGAUGGUAAUAUGGAUGACUAUUCCUUCUUGCCUGUGGAGAAAUGUCAAUGCCCUGCUGGUUACACCGGUCUGUCGUGUGAAGACUGUGCUCCUGGUUAUUAUAGGGAUAACUCUGGACCGUAUGGUGGAUACUGCAUCCCCUGUGAGUGCAAUGGCCACGCUGAAACUUGCGACUGCGCCACUGGCAUUUGUCAAAACUGUCAACACUCUACGACUGGAGACCACUGCGAAAAGUGCAUUGAAGGAUACUACGGCGAUGCCACAUACGGGUCGCCUCACGAUUGCAUGAUAUGUGCCUGCCCUCUGCCCAUUCCAAGUAAUAACUUCGCAACUGGUUGUGAGAUUUCAGAAGCUGGAGACAAGAUCCACUGUGAGUGUAAACCGGGCUACACUGGGCCCAAGUGUGAAUACUGUUCCAAUGGAUACUACGGAAAUCCUCAAAUUCCCGGUGAUUACUGUAAACCUUGCGACUGUUCCGGAAAUAUAAAUCUCUCCGAGCCUGGAUCCUGCGACACUAUCACUGGUGAAUGUUUGCGUUGUUUGAAUAACACCUUCGGCGCCGCGUGUAACCUCUGUGCCCCUGGUUUCUAUGGAGAUGCUAUCAAACUGAAGAAUUGUCAGAGCUGUGACUGCGAAGAGUUGGGUACCUUGGAGUGCGACCCAUUUGAGGGCAGCUGCAAGUGUCACGAAAAUGUAAUCGGCGAACGUUGUGACAGGUGCAAGCCCGAUCAUUAUGGUUAUGACUCUGGUGUAGGCUGCCGUUCUUGUGACUGUGGCAUUGCCUCCAAUUCAACACAGUGCGACGAACACACCGGUAAAUGUGCUUGCAAGACCGGUGUGACCGGCCGGCAAUGUGAUCGUUGUGCCACCGACCACUGGAACUAUUCUAAGGAUGGGUGCACCCCUUGUAACUGCAACCAAGGAUAUUCUCGAGGAUUUGGCUGCAAUCCAUUCACUGGCCAAUGCGAAUGCUUGCCAGGUGUCAUAGGUGAUCGUUGCGAUAACUGUCCACAUAGGUGGGUUCUCAAGAAGGACGAGGGUUGUUUUGAAUGCGACAAUUGCCACCACGCUCUGCUUGAUGUCACAGACCGCUUGCGUUAUCAAAUCGAUCCCUUAGUUAAUGAGUUCCAGUCGGUUGCCUUGGCCUUCUUCACCAGCCAGAAGUUGAGCUAUUUCGAGAAUUUGACAGAUGCCAUUGCACCCGAGGUACAGAACUUGGAUCCAAAGAGUGUCAACUUGGAACCGUCACGUAUCAUGGUUUCCGAGGUUGAGAACGAGGCUAAGCAGUACGUCAAACAAGUGAACUUGACAUUGGAAAACGCCGAAGAGAGCCGCAAACGAGCUAGCGGCCUUUUGCAAAACGUGACCAGCAUUAGCGAUUUAGUUACGACGAGUGUCAACGAAGCGGCCGAUGCAAUUGGUGCCGUAGAUGCCCUGUCCCGCAACCUCGAAACAGCUGCCAGCACCAAAAUAGAUUCCGCUCUCAGAGAUGCUCAAGGAUUGCUGCAGGCAAUCAAUGAAACCUCAAUUGACUUAGAACGCAACGAUCUGGUUUUGAAGAGAGCCACCGAAUUGCUGAAUGAAAUCAGCCUGGUUAUCACGCCCAUUAACGUCCAAAACAAAUCCCUGAACUCGUUGAAGCAUGACAUUGGCGAAUUCAGUGACAAACUGGAAGAUCUGUACAACUGGAGCCAGGAGGCGUCACAAAAGGCUGCCGAAGUAGAGGCUUUGAAUAGCCUCAACAAACAGCAGUUCGAGAAUUCUAAAUUCGACGCAGUCAGCGACCAGCAGAAGGAGGCUGAGAAGCACAUUAAAGAUGCCGCUGACCUUCGCAUUAAUGGAAUGUUUGGUCUAACGAAUAUCGAAGAGAAAAUUGGUGACUUGGCUGGUGUACUAAAUAGUCUGCGGGAUCUUAACAAGCAAAUCGAUGUCGCGUUGCCCAGCUUGGAAAAGCAGCAUAUCGAAGCCCUGGGCUUGACUAACCAAGCAGAAUUCCGGGCGUUGGAGCUAUCGAAAAGAGCACAAGACCUUUCCGAACAGUAUGCCGAGCUGACUGCCUCUUCUGAGCCCGCCAUUAAGGCUGCUACAGCCUAUAGUGGAAUUGUCGAUGCCGUCGUCUCGGCUCAACAAUUUGCCAAAGAGGCCAAGUUCGCUGCAGGCAAUGCCACGGAAAUGACGGAGGGCAUUGAAGGCCGCGCCGGUUUGGCCGACAAAGAUUCAGCUGAACUUCUCCAGGCUGCUAGAGACUCCCUGCACAAGGUUCAGAGUGAAUUGGAGCCUCGUCUGAAUGCCUCCGCCUCCAAGGUGGAAGCCAUAUCUCAACUGAAUGAAAACACCGAAAAGAGAUUGGCCGACAUCAACACAAUCAUGAAAGCCUUGCCUGCCGAUUCACAGAGAGAUUUGUGGAAACACUCGAAUCAAAAUGCCACCGAUGCUUUGGAAAUCAUGACCGAGGUGUUGACUAUUUUGGAACCAGUUGUUCAGCAGACUCCCAAGGAGUUGGAGAAGGCCCGCAACAUUUCCAAGGAUAUUGACUCGACCAACAAGGAUAUCACCCACGUUCAAAAUCAACUUGAUGGUGUAGAAGAGUCGAUCUCCUCGUUGCUUGAUUUGGCUGACGGUGUUGAGAAGCAGCAGGCUGAAGUUGAGAGGGCUUCCCAGGAUGUUGGCGAGGAAAUCGAAAAUUUGAAACGUCAAAUUGAAACAGCUCGUCAAAUUGCCAAUGACAUUAAGGUUGGCGUUAAGUUCGGCACCAGUACUGUGUUGGAACUGAAGGCCCCCGAAACAUUGCCCCUUCUGGCUACCCAAACCAAAGUCUCCACCUACUUCAAGACAAACAAUACCAACGGCUUCCUACUGUUCCUGGGCAAUGACAACAAAGCCGCAUCCUCUCAACCGUCUCCCUCGAAGAAUAAUGACUUCAUGGCCCUGGAAAUUGUCAACGGCUAUCCCAUACUUACCAUUGACUUGGGCAAUGGCCCUGAACGUAUUACCAGUCCGAAAUAUGUGGCUGACGAUGAAUGGUAUCAAGUGGUGGUAGAUCGUACAGGUCCCAAUGUUAAGUUGACCAUUCGUGAGGAGUUGGACAACAAGGAAAUAAAGGAACACGAAACCCAAGACGUUCUGUUGGGAGCCAAUAAUGUAUUCAAUGUGGAUCGCAACAGCCGCUUGUUCGUAGGCGGAUUGCCUCCGCCAGCCGAUUUUGCACCACCUGAGGACAUUCACACGAGUUCAUUUGUAGGUGACAUGGAAGACCUGCGCAUUGGCGAAGAACAUGUAGGUCUGUGGAACUUCGUUAAUGGCGAAUCAAAUAAUCAAGGAGCAUUCCCACGCAACAAACUAAUCACGGAGGAGGUGCCUCCGACGGGAUAUCGCUUCAACGGCAAUGGCUAUGUUGCCCUAAAGGCUACACCGUUCAACUUCAAACAAAGAUCCAGCAUCACGUUCAACUUCAAGGCUUCCAAGGACACCAAGGAUGGCUUGUUGUUCUUCUAUGGACGCAAUAAUCAGUUUAUGUCCGUGGAAAUGUCCAACGGUGCGAUAUUCUUCCGCUACAAGUUGGGCGACCAUGUUGUGUCCACCGGCAGUAGCGACAAAUACAACGACAACAAGUUCCAUCAUGUGGUUGCAGAAAGAGAUGGCCGACGUGGUCUACUUAGGGUCGAUGAUCAACUUAUGAUCCAAGAAGAGGUACCAGCUCACGUCGAUGACACCCUGCCGGCCCUGAAACGUAUGUUCUUCGGUGGAUUCCCAGGCAAACGAAACAACUCUUUGAUCGUGGAUCAAAACUUUGAUGGCUGCAUCGACGACGUCACCAUCUCCGGUAUUAAGGUGGACCUCGGUCAACAUAUCAAUGCCGUGGGAGUUAAGCCUGGAUGUCCCAACAAAUUCUCGACGGCAUUAGCCUAUCCUCCGCAUGAGCAUGGAUACUUGAAGGCCAACAAUAUUAGUUCCGACAAUAAUUUGAAUAUAAAUCUGAAAUUCAAAACGCGACAGAAGGAUGGCGUCCUAUUGUACGGCACCAACCAUGAUCAAAGCUCCACAAUCAGUCUGACGUUGGACGAUGGUUUUCUGGUGUUACGUAGCAUGGGUAGUGAAUUGGUUUCGGAUAUGCAUCGCCUUAACGAUGGCGAAGAGCACGUUGUAACCAUAUUGCACGAUGAUACCCAGUUGCGGUUGUCCAUAGAUGACGUGGAAGACAAACGGUAUUAUGCUCCGGAACCUUUGUACAUAUCUGCGGGAUCGGUCUUCUUCGGUGGAUUGCCCGAAGACUUCGUACCUGUACGUAAUGGCUUAUCCAACCAAGCCUACUUUGUGGGAUGCAUCAGCGACGUAACUGUCAAUGGCCAGAUCAUUAAUUUCGCCGACAGUGUGGAGAAGAAGAAUGGCAACAUAAAUGGUUGUCCAAGUGAUAUAUUGGCCUACGACGUAAGUGCUGUGCCGAUAUACUAUCCUGGAGCUGCCAAUGAAUUGAAUAAGCCGCCAGUAACGCUAAUAGAACACGAAGCACCGCAUCCACCUACAGUUCUAACGACACAACCACCGCCGACACUGGCUCCAGAGACUACCACUAGUACGAGAGUAAUAACCACCACUCCCACAACGACUACAACUACAACGACGACAACAACAACAACGUCAACCACCACAACUACAACGACCACUGAGAGACCAUUCAUUAAGCCGGACGAGUUUGACGAAUCUGGCAAUGAAGUGGAUACACCUUUGGUACGCAAACCGGAAAUUGUCCGCCCACUCAACCUACCGGAAGAUCCACGUUGCAAAUUGCCCACAAAUCCGAACUAUGAUGUUGAUUUCUCGGAGGCUGGAUAUCGUUUCUUCUCGUUGCGCGAACAGCGCUUGGAGAUCCCCAGUUUGAACACGAAGUUGCGUAAACACUACGACAUCACGUUGACCUUCCGUACAGUGGAGAACAAUGGUAUUCUGUUCUACGCUGCGGACAAACAUCACAGCGACUUUGUUGCCCUUUAUCUGUACGAAGGUAAAAUCUUCCAUGCGGUGCGCUUGGGAACCGAAAAAAUCGUUGUCAACAGCACUGCCGAAUACAACGACGGUGAAUGGCACACAGUGCAAUUUAUUCGCACACAGCGCCGAGUCAACUUGUUCGUGGACGACGAAGAGCAGCUGCCUUCGUUCGACUUGGAAGAACGGAAUAUCCAUGUCAUUAAUGUUGUCUUCCCUCUGUAUGUGGGUGGUGUACCCAAACAUAUCGAAGAAACGGUACACAAUAACACCGAGUUCAAUGAUGUGUCCAAGUACUUCAACGGUUGUCUCAGGGACUUGAAAUUCAACGGCAUACCGCUGGAACAAGAGCCACAAACCUUCUUAGUCGUACCCUGCUCCGACAAAGUGGAACAGGGCCUGUUCUUUAACAAGCCAACAGGAUUCGUUAAACUGUUCGAACGCUUCACUGUCGGCACUGACUUCAGCUUGAGUUUCGAUUUCCGUCCCCGUGAUCCGGAUGGUCUGUUGUUCUCCGUGCACGGCAAAAGUUCGUAUUUGAUUUUGGAGUUAGUCAACAAUACGUUGUGGUUCACAGUGAAAUCGGAUCAGAAGAAUAUUGUCACUACCAACUACACCCUGCCGGACGAUGGCAGCUUCUGCGAUGGCAAGUGGCGCAAUGUCCAAGCGGUCAAAUCGAAAUUUGUCAUAACCAUAUCGGUGGAUUGGAUAUCUGCUAAGCCGGGCGUAGGUCAGGAGGGUUCGACAAUGACCAAAACUAAUCGACCUCUGUUUAUGGGUGGUCACCAAGCCUUCAACAAGGCUCCGGGCUUGAAGACGCGUAAGACUUUCAAGGGUUGUAUACGCAACGUACAGGUGAAUAAGCGUCCCGUAAGAAUAACAUCGAAUCUCAUCUACGGUGAGAUAUGGAAGGAUGUGUGUCCUUUGAAUUAA